AUGGGAAAAACUGCACUUGCCCAACUCGUAUUCAACGAUGAAGAGGUUCAAAAGCAUUUUGAGCCGAAAAUGUGGACAAGUGUCUCCAAUUCAUUUCAAUUGGAUAUACUAGUUAAGAAAAUCCUGAAAGCGGAUAACCUUGACAUGGAUCAGUUGCAAAAUGAGCUUAGGAAGAAGAUCGAUGGGAAUAGAUACCUCCUUGUGUUAGACGAUGUGUGGAAUGAAAAUCGUGAAAAUUGGCUUGCCUUAAAAGACUUGUUGAUGGGCGGUGCAAGAGGUAGUAAAAUACUAAUUACUACUCGUAGUGAAACAGUUGCAAAGAUAACAGACACAUCUAAACCGUAUAACUUAAGGGGUUUAAGUGAAGAGCAGUCUUGGUAUUUGUUUAAGAAAAUGGCAUUCCAAGAUGGAAAAGAGCCAAUGAGUUCAACCAUUAAGGCCCUUGGGGAGGAGAUUGCAACAAAAUGUAAGGGGGUUCCUCUUGCUAUAAGGACCAUAGGACGGAUGUUGUACACUAGAGAUCCAGAUUCUGAGUGGUCGGCUUUCAAGAAUAACAAGCUUUCAGCAAUAUGGCAAGAAGAAAAUGAUAUUUUACCAACACUUCAGUUGAGUUAUGAUGUUCUCCCAUCACAUUUGAAACAUUGUUUUGCUUACUGUAGUUUGUUCCCGCCUGAUUAUGAGAUUCCCGUACAGAAUUUAAUUAAGCUGUGGAUGGCACAAGGGUUCGUUAAGUCUUCAAAUCCUAAUGAGUGCUUGGAAGAUGUUGGUUAUGAAUAUUAUAACGAACUAGUUUGGAGAUCUUUUUUCCAACAAGAAGAAAAAGAUGAGUUUGGUAUAAUAAAAAGCUGUAAAAUGCAUGAUCUCAUGAAUGAACUUGCUGUUAAAGUGGCAGGGGAGGGAAGCACAAUAAUAGAUCGCAAUAAGACUGAUUUUGAUGCAAAACGUCUUCUUCAUGUAUCAUUCGAUUUUGAUGUUGAUUUGUCGAAAUGGAAAAUACCAACAUCCUUGGCGGAAUCAAAUAAGCUAAGGACUUUUCUUUUCCUAAGCCAAGAUCAGCUGUGGUGGGGGAAGUCAUUCCAUAAGUCAUUUUGUGCUACAAUUGCUUCAAAUUUUAAGUCAUUGCUGCUAAUCCCAUUGAGAGGCUUCCAAAUUGGAUAG